CAUGCCCGGAUUUCUGCAGAGCCGUCUCGAUCCCAUAGUCAUUCGUGCACUUUCCCAAAUUUCAGAACAUGGCUUCGAACGACAACUGGAUCUCGAGAAAGGUACAAGGUUGGGUAGCUGGAGCAGGAAACGCGGCUGGCGGCGCUGUGAAUGCAGUCGGCAACGGCGUAUCAGGCACAGGAAGAGGCAUCGGCAACAGCGUUACAGGAACUACAAGAGGAUGGGCGGAUAGUGUCCGAAGUUACGGCAAUGCUAUAAAAGACGCCACAGGCGCGAGUGGUCCCCGGGCAGCGACUGGUUCCAAUCCACUUGGCUUGUCGGGAACGAAAGGGAUUUGGUCUCCAUCCGCGCCAGUUAGGACCACGCCUCAACGAACAGUUGGAAGAGGAACCGCAAAAGAUCCCUUGGGCUUGAACUCAAGAUAGGGCGCAUUAGCAUUGGAAGAGAUGUAUGUGAGGCAACCGAUGGUGUUGCUGUGGGAACGACUCCUGAGCUUCGAUGCUCAUCAGAGAGAACUAAUGCCUCAAUUUGGAGUCCUUAUCCGGCAGCAGACUGUUAGUCGCUCAGGCUCUAAGUGAGAAGAGUAUGGUUGAAUGAUUUCGCACGCUAGCCCAUGCAAUCCAUCUUUCAGUCAUAGUUUUGUAAGCACAACCAAUACAAGACGUAACGAGGUUAUGAAAGAAUCACACGCAUGCAUGUUAUGCUGUCUGCAGAUUUGUGAAAUGAG